AUGAACUGGCUUGGGACACCGACGUCAGCGGUGCGGGGAUUCGGCCAUGAGGUCGACGGAGGUGCUACCGAAGGCGCUACUCGCCAAGGCUCAGUCUUACCUUAUCACUUCUUCCGAAACUUCUCGUCAAAUUCAGGCGUCCUGGAUUUCCGGAACACGUCCGUCCCGUAUGAUCCCUCAUUCCAGCUGCUCUCGAAUGCAAGCUUUGUUGUCUUUGACCAACAGCGAGGUUUGCAUUACCUCGGGUCACCGACCAAUGAUUUCGUCUUCAAGGUAUCUGACGCGGUUCACGAGGCACCUGUCUAUGUAUCGACACAGAACAAGCUGUACAUCUCUCAGCUAGCACCUCCAACUGGCUUUCUACCUCAGCUUGUUGUAGAUCUGAACCCCAGUAUCCCAACAUUGUCAGAGUAUCUUCCGAACCCGCCGGUGUACGCACCAAACGGAGGCACGUCCUACGGUAAUGGUACGCUCAUAUUAUUCGCAGCUAGCGGUGGCAACAGUAGUAUUGGAGAUCCGCCAACGGAGCAACGAGUCUCUCUUCGUGUGCUUGAUCCUACUACGAAUCAGUCUACCGUGCUAUUGAACAAUUACUUUGGUUCAUAUUUCAAUAAUAUGGAUGAUGUUGUUGUCCAUCCUUCUACUGGAUAUAUCUAUUUUACAGAUCCUUACUACAGUUGGUAUAAUGCUCUUACAGACACAGCUCCACAGCUUCCGACAGCGUCAUAUCGCUUCGAUCCCACCACUGGCGCAACCUUCUUGAUCGAUGAUACUCUUCUUCAGCCCAACGGAAUAGCAAUCAGUCCAAACGCCGACACCUUGUACAUAUCUGAUACCGGCGCGGUUCAGGGCUCUGCCGAUCCAAAUGCUGCAGCACAGUACCGCGGAACUACCUUCAAUGCGACACGUCCAGCAACAAUUUACGCCUUCGACCUGGCAAACAACGGCACGAAGGUGUCUAACAAGCGUAGCUUCUACCUAAGCUCAAGCUGGGUACCGGAUGGGUUGAAGGUUAGCAGGGAAGGUCUUCUUCUUACAGGGGCUGGCCGCGGUGUGGACGUUAUCGAUGACGUUGGAAGAUUGUUGUUCAGGAUUCAAACAAACUACACGGUUCAGAAUUUCGCCUUUGUCGGCGAGGACUUGAGAGAAUUAUGGAUCAUGGGAAAUGGAGGGAUUAGCAGAGUCAGAGGACUAAACAUUCAGGGGCAAAAGCUCACUUAGUAUGGAACAAUAGGAAAUGAAGAUUCCUAGGGAGUAUGCACGUGCAAGGGAUAUUUGAUAGUAGCGAC